AUGGACGAAAGCGGGGUGCCCCGGAGCAUCUGGGACGGAGACGCCAAGGCCGUCCAGCAAUGCCUGACGGACAUUUUCACCAGCGUCUACACCACCUGCGACAUCCCGGAGAAUGCCAUCUUCGGCCCCUGCGUGCUCAGCCACACCUCGCUCUACGACAGCAUCGCUUUCGUGGCGCUGAAGUCCACGGAUAAGAGGACCGUCCCCUAUAUAUUCCGGUGCAUUGCGCUCACACCUGGAAACAUUUCGGGGACGCCUAAAUUCCAAAGCGCCCUGGCUGGGAUCCGGGCAGGCGAUCCUAAAGCUUCGUCUCCGCACACCUGCCUGGACUGCGGCCAGCGUUUCCAAUUCGAGUUCCCCUACGUGGCGCACCUGAGGUUUCGCUGCCCGAAGAGGCUGCCCGGGGCGGACAGCAGCCCAGCGGAGGACCCCAGCCCCAAAAACAGCAGCCCCAAGGAGCACGAAGGCGCCGGCAAGUUCCACGGCAAACAGGUGGGGGGCGCCCAGCCCCAGAUCCAGCCCCCCACCCACCGCCACCACUACCACGCCGGCCAGGACAGCAACGGCGGCGUGACCAAGCCGUCCACGGACUUCCACAACUUAGCCCGGGAGUUGGAGAACUCCCGGCCGAGCAACGGCGGCGGGUCUCCUGCGAACAGGGAGCAGCCGGCCUCCGGCGUCGACGGCCGCGCCAGCCCCGGAGGCAAAACCAAGCGGAAAUACCCCGGAGGGGACGCGUUGGCCGAAGAGCGAGGCUCGUCGACGGGCCGGUCGCGCGUGGAGAGGCCCAUCCCUUCCUCGCCCAAGGAGGAGCUGGUCUGUACCCCGCAGCAGCAAUACCGACCGGCGGGGAGUUAUUACGGCUUGGACGACGCCAGCCGCCUAUACAGGCCGCCCAGCCCGGACACCGGCGACGCUAAGCGAAGCGCCUUCGUGGAGGUGAAGAAAGCCUCGCGCGGCGUGGAGAACGGAGCCGGAGGGGACGAAGAGAAAGAGCGAGGCUCCCCGGCUUCCUCGGCCGCGGACAAGCCGCCUGUGCCCUCGCUGCUGAGCGGCCGCUCCGGGGGCAGCGCCUUCUCCACCGUGCCAUCCUCGCAGCCCUCCGGCGGCGCGGCCAACCCCGAGGAGCGCAAGAGCGCUUUCUCGCAGCCGGCGCGCUCCACCUUUUCGGCGCAGCUGGUGCUGGGACAGAAGCUGAGCGCCCUGGUAGAAGGAGGAGGUGGAGGUGGAGGAGGAGGAGGAGGCUGCCACCCGGGCGCAGAAGGAGCUGCGCGUCUUUACGCAUCGGAGCCGCUCAAGCUGGCCGGAAGUGGUGGUGGUGGUGGUCUGCCCAAGCAGAGCCCCUUCCUCUACGCCACCACCUUCUGGCCCAAGAGCUCGGCGGCGGCCGUGGCUGCUGCGGCGGCAGCUGCGGCCGCGGGCCCCCUCCAGCUCCAGCUGCCUUCGGCCCUGACGCUGCUGCCGCCCUCCUUCACCUCCCUCUGCCUGCCGGCUCAGAACUGGUGCGCCAAGUGCAACGCCUCUUUCCGCAUGACGUCCGACCUGGUGUACCACAUGCGCUCCCACCACAAAAAGGAGUACGCGCUCGAGCCGCUGGUCAAGAGGCGGCGGGAGGAGAAGCUCAAGUGCCCCAUUUGCAACGAGUCCUUCCGCGAGCGCCACCACCUCUCGCGGCACAUGACGUCGCACAACUGAACCCACACCCACACGCGGACCCACCCAGGCUGCGCUUCUACCCGGGAUCCUCACACCUCACAUCUCACAGUCCACACGCGCUGUCGGCCCUUCGCUUCCGCAGCUGGCGCCUUUGCUGUUUUGGCCAGCGUUGCGUGGGGUGGCGUGGCGUGGCGCUAUUUUUUUUGCAAGGCGUGGACGAAAGGACGGUGGAUCCCAGAGGGAGGAUCGCAGCUUAUUGAACUGCGUGGUGUAAAGCGAGGCGUCCAACCUUGGCAACUUUUAAGACUUGUGGACUUCAACUCAACUGGCAACGGGGCAGGUGCGCGAGGAGGAGGAGGAGCCGGAGGAAGGGGUCGGGGUCAGCAAGAGGAGUUCAACUGGGAGUUGAAGUACACGCCUUAAAGUUGCCAAGGUUGGAGACCCCUGCUAUAAAGGCGGCCAAAGACUCGGAGGGAAGGACAGUGUGUAGUAAGUAGAGCGUUGCACAGAACGCGCAGGGCCUUGUGGGAGGUGUGCAUGCUUCCAGGCGUGUAAAAUAUAUAUAUAAAUAUAAAGCACGGUUAUAAGUACAAAAUAUAACAAACACACACACACACACACACACACACACAAUGUCAGCAAAAGAGAAGAUGGUGGGAUUUAAUUCUGAGAGGUCUUAUCUGUGCAUUUCUGGAAUGAGAAACAAAAACCCUUAUAUGUUACUACCAGUUGCAAAAGUUUUUGAUUUUAGGAAUACUCCAUCCGUCUUUUCAAUCUGGCCUCAUGGAUGGCCGAGUGGCUGAGGGGAGGGGGUUGAAGGGGAGGGGGAAGAAACUUUUUCUACAUUGCAUUUUGGAGCACCCAUAAUGAAUGGGUGGCCGCAGGCCAUACACCCCCUUUAGCAAGAGGGCCCGAGGAAAUCUUAUCGAACCAGUUCAUCCUGGCUUUUUUUAUUUUCCCAUUAACAAAUUGCAAUGGGCAGAAGUUGGCACUUUGCUAAACCACAGGAUGCAAUGUUACAUUGGGUGGCUCAUGCAACCCCUCGCCCCCACCCCCCGAAUCUACCAAUGAUGUUGGCUCGUUGUGCUACAGAAACCUUGAGAAACUCUGAGAUGAUUUCUCUGCUUUGGACUAAGUUGAAAUGUGGCUGGUUAUAGUGGUGUACAUUGUGUUUACAUGUUUAUGUAAGCCCAGCCAGGGUAAUUCAUGACAUUGCAUGAAUUCACUCAAUCGUGGCAUCAAGAAACCAUGAUGUGCAACCGGAAUGAACCUAGUCUAGAGUUUCCUUUCUCUGUAACAAGAAUGGGCAGAUUCUGGGACUAUGUGUCUCUCGGGCAGCCAUAUUUUAUUGGCCUCAUUGGCUAGAAGAAAAAUGCAUGGAGUAGUACAUUUUCCAAAGCCCCAUUCGGGUGUCAUUUUGAUCCCCCUACACUCAUGGAAUAGUUACAAAAAAUGACUUUGUUCAUUCGACGCACUGCUCCAGUGGAACCGAAGUUGUAGGAAAUGACCAAGCCAGCCCUAUAGGUAUUUAGGGCAGGGGAGUUGCGAUGAGGUUUCCAUUGCUAUAUUAGGAAUAUGCACAGAAAGAAAUAAGCAUAUUUCUCUUUAGAUGC